UAUAAUGAUGAUCAUUGUUACAGUGAAGUUUGAUUUCUGAGCUCUGGGUAAUGCUGCCUUAACCCCCAGCUCCUCUUAAGAGAACCACAGGUAAAGGGGAGAUGUCUUUAUUUGUGUUUGAAUGGGAUGUAAGGGAGGCAGUGCUCAGCCAAGUCCUGUGGCAAGAUAAAAGUCCUGAAUCCUUCCUCCAAGAAAACUUCAGGUGAUGGAAGCCUGGGGGAGGAGGAGCUUGUGGGAUGAGCAGCCUGGUGGGUAAGUGACCAGUUGAAAUAAGAAUGGUAGGAUGGAGUUUGGAAGCCUGGGAGGAGUCUAGAGCUGGAGAAGAGCCUUUCCAAUGGCCAUCGGCCAUGUGAUGAUGGGCAGGGCUGGGGGAGGGGAGGCAGGCAGCACUCAGAGGUCAUCACCCUGAAUGAUUUUGGGAGUGAGGUCCCACCCUCCAGGUUUCAGGGACUGGGCUUCUUGGGCCUCUUGAGCCUCAGAGGCUUUCCUGGAAUAGAUUAAUGGGACACAGGAAGGUUUGGAAAUGAGAUCUCAGGGCAUUCUCUUGGAUCUGCCAUUUUCUACUUACUGCAAACCUUCCCUGCUGGGGCAAGACCCAGGUAGGUGUGAGCCAGUGCUCCUCACAAGUCCUGGCUUCUGCCGGCUGCCCUUGCAUAAGCAUUCACACUUCUUAUCUGCUCUGAUGGUCAGUGGCCUCCCCUUCUGUCAGAACAAUUUCCUUCCAGUUCUGGUGCUUAAUGAAUUCUUGGCCCCUACCUCUUUUUAAGGUUCCCAAACACUUCACACAUAUCCAGUGUUGCCUCUUCCUCAUGCUUACCAUGGGGUCAUAUUUGCCCAAGGCAGGAUUCCCCCAUAGUAACCCAGGAGUCCCACUGUCAGCCUCCCCUUAUGAACCUGGGUGUCCUACCUUGGCCUCCAGCUCCUAUUUGGUGAAUUGAUUGUGAGCCUUCGGACAUGCUUUCUUAUGAGGUUCCACAGGCUCUGCCUUUCUGGCCCCAGGAACCCUCCUUGGUUGCAGGAACUGAAGCUCUUUCCUGGGCCAGCUUCUCUGGACCUGCACAUCUUGGGCUCCUUCCCAGGGAUGUGGCUCACUGUUUCCAUAUUCCCUUUCAGGAUUCUAAGUCUAAAAUCUACCCAAGAGUCUUGGGAACCUUCCCCCAUCUUCUGCUUAGAUUUCAGGACUCGGCCAUCCUAUUUUUCCUGAUUCAACUACUCACCUAAAUCACUUCUGGACACUUGAAUUUCUUCUUUUUUACCCAGGCUUCCCAGUUUCCUGCCCCUUACCUCAACCUAGGUCCUGGAAGCUGAAUCCCAGCCUAGAUUGUCUCCCAGCCUUUGCCUUCCUUGUUCUUUCCUUGGGGGCUCCAUCUCAGAGCGCUUACCUCCUUAUUUUAUCCCUCAGCCACUUUUUUUUUCUAUAUAAUAUGUCUCUUGGGGAGAAGGGAUGCUGGGAGCACCAAGUAUUACUGGCAGGGAAAUUUCUGACUCAGGGGACAUUGAGGUUCUACACACUCUCAUCCCAUCUGGGACCUCAAACCCCUCCUGUCUCUUGGGUUUGGAGGAAGGGAGUCAGAAGAGUAGGAGUAAGAGAAGGUCAGCCAAUCUUCAAUUUUAUACCAUCCCACCCCAGUCAUCUUAUUCCCUGUCCCUUCUAUAUAAACUCCUGACUGCCUCUAUGACCAAUAGCCCUGGGGACUUUUCCCUUCCAGAUUUGUUGUUUUAAAGUGGUUAAAAGAGGUCAUGCUUGGCUUCAUUUCUUCCCCAACUUUAAUCACUCAAUAGGUGUUGCUUUCCUGUUAAUUGGGGUCUGUGCUCUAUGCCAGGGCUAGGGGCUUAGUAACUCCCCUGGAACCUCACCCUCUGUAAUUUCCUGUAGGCUUGCCCCCUGUCCAGGGAAAGAAGGAAACAACAUCUGUGCAGUUAUAAUCAUUCCCUCCCAACAGCCUGAAGAGGACCAAGGCCUGGCCCAAGCAGGGAGUCUGGAGUCAGAGGGAAUGGCCCCUGAGAGCUGCAGACCUCCACCCGAGGAGCUGGUGACCUUCAAGGAUGUGGCUGUGCACUUCAGCCCAGAGGAGUGGAGUCUGUUGGACCCGGAUCAGAAAGACCUGCACAAGGAGGUCAUGCUGGAGAAUGCCGAGAACUUGCUCUCCCUGGGACUUCCAGUUCCCAGAGAAGAUUUCAUCUCCCAUGUGGAGAGAGGAGGCCUGAAGAACCCCUGUCCUGAUGCAGACACGUGGUUUGAUAUGAAGGAGAUGAGUGCAAAUCUGAAAAUGAUCUCAUGGAAAGACCUUUUUCAAUAUAGUGAAUACAGGGCUGUUCUUGCUAAGCACAAAAGAAACUGCAUUGGAGAGGAACACUUUGAAUGGAAUACACACAAAAAAGCUUUAAGAGAGACUUCCAGUGUUUCUAAAGAUACGAAUAUACAUCCUGAAGAGAAAACACCUGAGUGUCAUGAAUGUAAUAAAGCUUUUCUUGUACUCUCUUCCCUUUCAAAGCAUCAGAGAAUCCAUGCUGGAGAGAAAACUUAUGAAUGUAAGACACAUGGAAAGGCUUUUAGAGAGCAAUCUACUCCUGCUAAACAUGAGAGAAUUCACACAGAAAAACAAUCUUACAUAUGUAAUCAAUGUGGAAAGGAUUUCCAAUGUUAUUCCAACUUGGCUCAACAUCAGAGAAUCCACACUGGAGAAAAGCCUUAUAAAUGUAAUCAGUGUGGAAAGAGUUUCACAUACAACUCUAGACUUGCUGUGCAUCAGAGAAUCCACACUGGAGAGAAGCCUUAUGAAUGUAAUGAAUGUGGAAAGGCUUUCACAAAGCACUUCUCCCUUGAGGUACAUCAGAGAAUCCACACUGGAUUGAAGCCUUAUGAAUGUAAUGAAUGUGGAAAGACUUUCACAUAUCAUUCCAGUCUUGCUGUCCAUCAGAGAAUCCAUACUGGAGAAAAACCUUAUAAAUGUAAUCAGUGUGGGAAGACUUUCAGAUGCAACUCUAAACUUGCUGUCCAUCACAGAAUCCACACUGGAGAGAAGCCUUAUGAAUGUAAUGAAUGUGGAAAUGCUUUCACAAAGCGCUCUUCCCUUGUAGUACAUCAGAGAAGCCACACUGGAGAGAAGCCUUAUGAAUGUAACGAAUGUGGAAAGGCUUUCACAGAUUGCUCCAGUCUUGCUGUCCAUCAGAGAAUCCACACUGGAGAUAAGCCUUAUGAAUGUAAUGAAUGUGGAAAGACUUUCACACACUGCUCCAGUCUUGCUAAACAUCAGCGAAUCCACACUGGAGAGAAGCCUUAUGAAUGUAAUGAAUGUGGAAAGACUUUCACACAGCGUUCCAGUCUUGCUGUCCAUCAGAGAAUCCACACUGGAGAAAAACCUUAUGAAUGUAAUCAGUGUGGAAAGAGUUUCAGAUGUAACUCUAAACUUGCUGUCCAUCAGAGAAUCCACACUGGAGAAAAACCUUAUGAAUGUAAUCAGUGUGGAAAGAAUUUCAGAUGUAGUUCAGGUCUUGGAAAACAUCAGAGAAUUCACACUGGAGAGAAGCCUUAUGAAUGUAAUGACUGUGGUAAGACUUUCACAUCUCACUCCAAUCUUGCUGUCCAUCAAAGAAACCACACUGGAGAGAAGCUUUAUAAAUGUAAUAAAUGUGGAAAGACUUUCACAUGGAGUAAUGGUCUUCGUGAACAUCAGAGAAUCCAUACUGGAGAGAAGCCUUAUGAAUGUAAUGACUGUGGAAAGACUUUCACACAGCGCAGCAAUCUUACUUCCCAUCAGAGAAUCCACACUGGAGAGAAGCCUUACGAAUGUAAGAAAUGUGGAAAGGCUUUCACAUGGCACAGCCAUCUUAUUUCCCACCAGAGAAUCCACACUGGAGAGAAGCCUUAUGAAUGUAAUGACUGUGGAAAGGCUUUCACAUGCUGCAGCCAUCUUACUUCCCAUCAGAGAAUCCACACUGGAGAAAAACCUUAUGAAUGUAAUCAGUGUGGAAAGACUUUCACACGAUGUUCUAGUCUUGCUCUACAUCAGAGAAUCCACACUGGAGAGAAGCCUUAUGAAUGUAAUGACUGUGGAAAGGCUUUCACAGAUUGCUCCAGUCUUGCUGUCCAUCAAAGAAUUCACACUGGAGAGAAGCCUUAUGAAUGUAAUGACUGUGGAAAGACAUUCACACAGCGCAGUCAUCUUGCUUCCCAUCAGAGAAUCCAUACUGGAGAGAAGCCUUAUGGAGGUAAUGACUAUGGAAAGUCUUUCACAUGGCACAACAGUCUUGGUAAGCGUGAGAAAAUCCCCAUUAGACAGAAACCUCAUGAAUGUGGAAACCUUCAGGCAAAGCUGAAAUCUUGCUUAACAGAGAGUGCACGUUAGGGGAAAACUUUUGAGUGUCUGGAUUGUGGUAAAGUUUUUAAUAGAUAUUAGUACCUGACUAGACAUGGGAGAUCCUAUGCUAGAUGUAAAACCUCAUUCAUAUAAUCCAUGUGGAAAAACAUUCAGGCUCACUUCAUCCCUGAAUUGCCUCCAGAAAAUUCCUAGAAGAUUGAAAUCAUGAACAAAGCUAUAAAAAUGGAGGACAGAGCUUGUCAGUCAACAGAGAUUUUCUGCUUGGCAACAAAUCUGCUAUGGACUUGGAAUGGGAAGGUCUUUAGCCCACGUUCAUAUGAACUCUGAGUUUGGCAUCUCAGGAUACUGAGUGGAGAGAAGACUUACAAAUGUGCUGAAGGAAGACUUGCUCUUACCUAGAAGAUAAGGGUUAUUAUUAAUCACAAUAUUUACACUGGAAAGACACAUUAUACAAAAUGUAUUUGCCGAAAGGCUGGAUAUCAUCCUUUGUGUAGAAAUCUUGUUGCAGAUGAAACAUGUGAAUAUAAUGAAUGAGGGAAGAUCUUUUACUAUAUUACAAAACUCAUUAGAUAUUGCAAUUUUAUAUUGUGUAUAAAGAUCAGAAAAUAGAUUUUUUUUUUUCUCUGAAAUCCCAAGAUUGGUGUCCAAAGAAGAGUCUUUAUAAUGGAAAAAACCAAUCGUUUUAAUCUCCUUUCUCAAUAAAAAUGAUUGAGAUUUUUUUA